UCUGCUCUUCCCUCAUCCUUCUCCAGAUAGAAGAACUGGGAGAGUGUCCAAAUGGGAUUCUCCAAGGGUUCAUGCCCCAGCAUAACACUGGUUCUUCUGGUUUUGCUGGACCAGUUCUCCCAGUAUGAUCCUCUUUUAGGACCAGUCCCCAUGCAAACUACCGCUUAUUCCUACCCAUCCCUCCUGCACUCCCUCCCUACUUACCAGCCUGAAAGGACCUUCUUUCUUAUCUUACUCGGUUGCACCACGAGCUCUCAAGGAGGGAUGCAGGCAGAUUUAUUUUUUGCAAAAGCUCACUUGCAAAGGGGCUCAUGGAGGCUGGUUGCCACUGCCACCAACUUGGAGGAUGGGUACCAGAUCUCCCUGCUGCAUCUAAUCCUCUCCUGCAAUUCCUUGGAAGCACUGAAGAGUACAGACCUUCCCAAAUUACAGGAGAACAAGGAAGUCAGCAGACCAGCCCCAUGGCUUGAGGACCCCAUGGGAUGGUUCCUUGAUGUGUUGGUGCAAGAGCUGCUCUGAAUCCCUACUGCAAAGGGCAUUCUUCUCUCAGAGACCCAAAAUUGAAAAUCGGGGCUGGAUUUUCAUCCUUCCCAAAGCUGUUUCCCUUCUUCUCUUCCCAGCCAGUGUUGGUCCCUCGCAGUGGUGUUUCCCUAAUGCGUUGAAGCUGCGGCGCUUCUGGAGAUGGAAGAAAACCAGAUGACCCUGAAUAACCUUGAGAAGGGCACAGAUAACCCAGCUUUCAGCUCCCUGGGGGAGGAGAGACUCAAUGAGGAAUCUGAUGGUCCACAUGGUGAGAGCGAGGAGGAGAGGAGAGGAGAAGGGAGAUUCUCCUCCUGCUGCAGGAAGGCUCUGCAGCCGGCAUUCAAGGCAAAGCGCUUCUUCAAGGCUCAUGCCAAGGUGUUGAAAAUGGUUGUCCAGAUACUUCUUGGAGUAGCCUACCUGUGCUACUUCAUUGCGGCCUGUUGGCUCAACUUCCACCGAGCCCUUGCCUUGGUCAUCAUGACUGCUGUGGUUGUCUUCUUCACCUGCUGGAGCCUCUUGAAGAAGCACUGUGGGGCAAAGCUAUUACUGCUCCUCAGCCCCGUUCAGAAAUGCUUCCAAAAGUCCUGGCCGUGGCUGAAAUGGCUGUUGUGGGUGGCCCUCCUGGGAGGCCUAAUCACGUGGCUGGUUUUGGACACCUCCAGACAUCCGGAGCAGCUCAUCUCAUUAGCUGGCUUCUGCUUUUUGGUGCUGUUCCUGUUUGCCUGCUCCAAGCACCACGGCGCAGUGUCCUGGAGAGCCGUUUUCUGGGGUCUUGGCUUGGAGUUCUUGUUUGGACUCUUCGUCCUCCGAACAUCCCCUGGCGUCCAAGCUUUCAAGUGGCUGGGUGACCAGAUCCAGUUCUUCCUGGGCUACACCACAGCUGGCUCUGGCUUCGUCUUUGGGAACGAGCUCAUUGAAAACGUCUUUGCCUUUCAGACUCUGCCCAUCGUUAUUUUCUUCAGUUGUGUGAUGUCCAUCCUCUACUACCUGGGUGCCAUGCAGUGGCUCAUUGUCAAGAUCUCCUGGCUGCUUCAGGUCUCAAUGGGCACCACUCCUACUGAGACGCUCAGUGUGGCGGGGAACAUUUUUGUGGGACAGACGGAAGCCCCGCUGCUCAUCCGCCCGUACCUUGCAGACAUGACCCGUUCAGAAAUCCACGCUGUGAUGACUGGUGGCUUUUCCACAAUUGCAGGCAGCGUGAUGGGUGCCUACAUAUCCUUUGGGAUAGAUGCGGCGUCGCUGAUUGCAGCCUCCGUGAUGGCUGCGCCCUGUGCCCUCGCCAUGUCCAAACUCGUCUACCCCGAAGUGGAAGAGUCCAAGUUCAAAGGCAAAGGAAGCAUCCGCCUCGCCCGUGGGGAAGAGCAGAACAUCCUGGAAGCUGCAAGCAACGGGGCUGCUGCCUCCGUGGGGCUCGUGGCCAACAUUGCAGCCAACCUCAUUGCCUUCCUGGCGGUGCUAGAAUUCAUCAAUGCUGCUUUGCGCUGGUUAGGGGAGAUGGUGGACAUCGAGGGGCUGUCCUUCCAGGUCAUUUGCUCCUACGUCCUCAUGCCUGUGGCCUUUCUCAUGGGGGCAGACUGGGCAGACUCACCGCUGGUGGCUGAGCUCCUGGGGAUCAAGAUCUUCCUGAACGAGUUUGUGGCAUACCAGCAGCUGGCCACGUACAAGAAGAACCGUCUGUCGGGCCUGGAGGAGUGGGACGGGAGCCAGAAGCAGUGGAUAUCUGAGCGAGCUGAGAGCAUCACCACCUUUGCGCUCUGCGGAUUUGCCAACCUCAGCUCCAUCGGGAUCAUGCUGGGAGGCCUGGCCUCCAUGGUCCCCCACCGCAAGGGCGACUUGGCCUCUGUCGUGCUGCGAGCCCUGCUCACUGGCAUCUGCGUCUCCAUGCUCAACGCCUGCCUGGCAGGUCUCCUUCAUGUGCCGACGCCGCUGGGUGACUGUGUGACCUUCCUCAGCACCACCAACUUCAGCUCUACCAGCUACACCAUGUACAUGUGCUGCAAGGACCUCUUCGCCAGCUCGGUGCUGGAGAACGGGACACUCUCCUUCACAGGACCCUGGGAGAGCCAGGCAGAGAGCGUGCUGUACGUGAUGCAGUGCUGCGGGCACUACAACCACACGUCCUGCGCAGGGACAACUUAGAAACCUGCAGGCAGCUGCCCACAGCGGGGAAGAGGGCCCAGGAGCACCAGGGUCUACCCCAAAGCUAGCAAAAACCCCACCAGAGACCCAUGCAUCUGGUCUUCUCCAGUGGUGGGACAAUGGACAACCCUGCACACCUUGCACCAGCACCUCUAGGUGGUGACCCCACAGACACAAAGGAACUGCUCCCAAAUAAACCAUGGAAAUCCCUGUGUGCCUGCCCUCAGCACCCCCAGCCCCAACCACAGCCAUCCCACGGGGCGCUUUGCUCAGGCUGCAGACCUUGCAAGCCUGAUGGUCAGCCUUAGGGUCCAUCCCUGGCCCCCCUCUUCUCUCCCCCUCUGGCGUGCAGACAGGGGUAGAGCCAUUACUU